AUGAUGCGUAAUGAGGCACCUUCCGAUGGUAACACUAAUAAGGACACCUUGGCCAUCUUGACUCUUCGAAAGCAUCAAGAUGGAAUCUGGAUCCAUCGACUGGUGGAAGCUCUGCAGAAGCAGCAACAGCAGAAGAAAGAUCCAGACGGUCUUCCUGAGAUCCUCAUCCAAGUGGUUGUCUUGGAAGAUUUCUUGCAAGGACCCUUUUGUGUUUCCUCUCCUCCUCCAGAAAUAAUAAUCGACAGUGAUCAUCUACAGGUUACAGCUGGCACUCGUUGGAUGGGAUUGGUCAAUCGAGUAUCGGACGCCGCCGAACCUUGGCAGGUCAAAGCUUGCAUGGCAGUGAUGCAGAUUGCCAGACUGGUUUGGAAGAUUCCCAUUUGGAAUGGACCCGAUGCCUACAGUCUGUGUACUCACAAGUGGUGUCAUCACGUAUUGUUCGCACAAGCCAACUUGGAUUCCCCACACACAGUGGCAGCGCUUCAAACGAGCAGUUGUGCCAAUGAUGACGACGGGAAUUGGAUGAAGGAAGCCAAAGACGCCCCAGAGAAAGCUACAUCCUCAUCUCGCCACGACAAUCCACAAUUAGAAGUCAAGGCGGUAAACAUGCUGCAUCAGCUUUCUACAGAGCAAGACGAUCACGAAACCAAACCAGCAACAACUCCAGCCAUUCUCGACUAUCUCAUCAAACCGAAUGCCGGUGGUUUUGGAGCAGGUAUUGAACGUCGACAAGUCAAGAUGAUGGAUGAACAGAAUCAUGCCGGUGAUCCAAGAAAUCACACUCCUACAUCAUCAACAAUAGUAACGCCUAGAAACACGCCUCCUAGAAUACAGCCGUGGUCUGUCCCAGAGGAUGUACGGCAGGAAAUGGAAGAGCAACUGCUCCCAGUAUUGCCACCGGAUGCUCAUUGUGGUAGUGUCGAGUUCUUGUUGGCGGAGGAACCAUCCAAGAGUGAGGAGACCACUAAUAAGCCAACAACAACCUACAAGAGAUUGUACUUUGACUUGAAUUUGCUAUCCACACUGCCAGUGGAAGAAGACCAACAAACUCCUGAUCCUUGGCUGCAACUGGCAAGUGCUAUUUGGACCUUUGUGAGGCAAUAA